AUGGUUGCGAUGGAUUCCUGCUUUGUGUCUUUGAAAUCCAAUACCCAUUUGAUGAAGGGUGAUUGGGGAGGUCUGGAUCGUUGUGAGAAUGGAUUUUAUGGUGAGAAAGUUAGAGGAGGUUUUAAUGAAAAUGUUUGGAUUAAGAGCUUGAAAUCUGAGAAGAAAGCUUUGAAGCUUACUCCUAAUGUUGCUUAUGCUGUGGCCACGCCAAAUACUUCCAAGCAGCCUUUGAGCAUUCAAGUGCCAUUAGUUCCCAAAGUUAAAGCGAAUCCCAAAAAUGUUGCUUCGAUCAUAUUGGGAGGGGGUGCUGGGACUCACCUGUUUCCCCUUACUAGAAGAUCAGCAACACCCGCUGUUCCAGUUGGAGGAUGCUAUAGGCUUAUAGAUAUUCCAAUGAGCAACUGCAUCAACAGUGGGAUCAACAAAAUAUUUGUGCUUACCCAGUUCAACUCUGCUUCUUUGAAUCGUCAUAUUUCACGCACGUACUUUGGAAAUGGUGUCAACUUCGGAGAAGGAUUUGUGGAGGUUCUUGCAGCCACCCAAACAUCAGGGGAAUCUGGUAUGUACUGGUUCCAAGGAACUGCAGAUGCCGUGAGACGAUUUAUUUGGGUAUUUGAGGAUGCCAAGAACAGAAAUGUUGAGAACAUCCUAAUUUUGGCAGGGGAUCAUAUGUACAGAAUGGACUAUAUGGACUUUGUGCAGAAUCACAUUGAUAGAAAUGCUGAUAUUUCAAUCUCAUGCACAGCUGUGGGCGACAGCCGUGCAUCAGACUACGGAUUGGUGAAAAUAGAUGGUAGAGGUCGAAUUAUCCAGUUUUCUGAAAAGCCAAAGGGAGCCGAUUUGAAUGCAAUGCGAGUAGAUACAUCUUCAUUCGGUUUGUCUCGGGAGGAGUCGUUGAAGUCUCCUUACAUUGCAUCGAUGGGAGUUUAUGUUUUCAAAACAGAGAUUUUGCUAAACCUUUUAAAGUGGAGAUAUCCUACAUCUAAUGACUUUGGCUCUGAAAUAAUUCCUGCAGCUGUAAAGGAGCACAAUGUGCAAGCAUAUAUAUUUAGAGACUAUUGGGAGGACAUUGGAACAAUAAAGACCUUCUAUGAUGUGAACUUGGCCCUCACGGAAGAGUUUCCUAAGUUUGAAUUCUAUGACCCCGAGAUACCUUUCUAUACAUCUCCUCGAUUCUUACCGCCGACCAAGAUUGACAAGUGUCAGAUUGUCGAUGCAAUAAUCUCACAUGGAUGCUUUUUGAGAGAAUGUAGUAUCCAACAUUCGAUAAUCGGUGAACGGUCAAGAUUAGACUAUGGUGUUGAACUUAAGGAUACUAUAAUGAUGGGUGCAGACAAUUACCAAACCGAACCUGAAAUUGCAGGUCUGCUAGCAGAGGGAAAAGUCCCUAUAGGGAUUGGACGAAACACGAAAAUCAGGAACUGUAUAAUCGACAAGAAUGCGAAAAUUGGGAAGGAUGUACUCAUUAUGAACAAAGACGGCGUCCAAGAAGCAGAUCGGCCUGAACAGGGAUUCUACAUUCGGUCGGGAAUCACCAUUGUACCGGAAAAGGAAACGAUCGAAGACGGCACAGUUAUAUGAACAGAUCCCAAAAAUCCUCAGCUUGGGUUUGGAAGACAUGUUGGAAGUUGGUUUUCAUGAGAUUGCCUGCACUGUGGCAGGUGAAGAAUGGCAUAUGCAGCAUUUGUAGGUGAGAACAAGGAGAAAGGUCUUGAUUACAGAGAGACUGAAUUUAAAGCUUCUUUCAGAUAUUUAUAGAGAUAGUAUUAAGAGGUUUGUAGAAAAGAAAGUUCCACAUGGGGGAGAGAUCAUCUAAACUAGAAAUUCUUUGUCUUCAGUGUAAUUCUCUACAAUAAGAGUGGCUACACAGCCAGAUUAGUUCAUAAGAAAAAUAUUAUGUUGAUUUAUUAUCCAUAAUCAUUUCCUUCUAUAAGUUGAUUGAUGCUUGGUGCACUUUCAAGA